AUGGUUUCUUCUAUUUCUCUCCUCCCUUCGGCAACUUUGCUCACCAACUGGGAGAAUCAAUUAUGUUCUCAGUCGGGUCUUUCCUCGUCGUGGCAGUGUGUUUGUUUCCGUAAUCAGAAACGCAAACCUAAGCUCUACUUGAUUCCCACCCGCCAUUUUGCCUCCUCAGAAACCACUUCGAAGAAGCUGAAGAUUUGUGCUACUUCCGGUGUUUCUCAAGUUCAAAGGUCUACUCAUAGCAAAAAUGUUAAUGGGAUGAAAGAAUUUGAGAUGGAGUUGCAAGAAUUGUUCAAUGAAGUCAAAGCUAUGGUAAAGAUUGGGAAUGAAAGAGACGCAAUGGACCUUCUUCGAGCUAAUUAUGUUGCUGUGAAAGAAGAGAUUGAUUCGGGUUUGAAAGGUAUCGAACAAGCUGCUGUUCUUGACAUUAUUGCCUUGGGGUAUAUGGCUGUUGGAGACUUGAAACCCCUGCCGGCAUUGCUUGAUAUGAUAAACAAGAUUGUUGAUAAGUUAAAGGACUCUGAACCACUUUUGGAUUCAGUACUUAUGCAUGUUGGCAGUAUGUAUUCGGCACUAGGGAUGUUUGAAAAUGCUGUACUCGCACAUCAAAGGGCUGUUAGUAUAUUAGAGAAUAGAUACGGUGAAUGCAAUACUCUACUUGUCACACCAUUACUUGGGUUGGCUAAGAGUUUUGGUUCAUAUGGAAAAGCCACUAAAUCGAUUGGCCUUUACGAGCGUACAGUGACUAUCUUGGAACGGGAUAGAGGUUCUGAAAGUGAGGAUCUAGUGGUGCCGUUAUUUUCACUUGGUAAGCUUUUGCUCAAAGAAGGUAAAGCUCAUGAGGCAGAAAUUCCUUUUACCAGGAUUUUAAAUAUAUACAAGAAGACAUACGGAGAGAAAGAUGGAAGAGUUGGUAUGGCCUUGUGUUCCCUUGCUAAUGCAAAGUGCACAAAAGGCGAUGCAGAUGAAGCGGUAGACCUCUACAAGAACGCUCUACGAAUCAUCAAAGAUUCAAAUUAUAUGGCCGUAGACAAUGCUAUCUUAGAAAACAUGAGGAUAGAUCUUGCUGAGCUGCUUCAUUUUGUUGGAAGGGGAAACGAAGGACGAGAGCUACUAGAAGAAUGCUUAUUAAUAAACGAGAGAUACAGAGGGAAAAACCAUCCAAGCAUGGCUACACAUCUUAUAAACCUUGCAGCAUCAUAUUCACGCUCCAAGAAUUAUGUGGAGGCCGAACGAUUGCUGAGAACAUGUUUGGAGAUCAUGGAGAAGUCGGUUGGUUCAGAGGAUCAGUCCAUAACCUUCCCAAUGCUGAAUCUUGCAGUCACUCUUUCUCAACUGAACCGUGAUGAAGAAGCCGAGCAAAUAGCCUUAAAUGUUCUACGAAUCCGUGAGAACGCAUUUGGCAAAGACUCUCUCCCUGUUGGCGAGGCGCUGGAUUGUUUGGUAUCGAUUCAGGCGAGAUUAGGAAGAGACAACGGAGAAGUGCUCGGUUUAUUGAAAAGGGUGUUGAUGAUCCAAGAGAAAGAGUUUGGUUCAUCAGGUGAAGAACUCGUAAUUACUCUGCAGAAGAUUGUGCAUUUUCUGGAGAAACUGGAGAUGAAAGAUGAGAAAUUUAAGUUUAGGAGAAGGCUAGCUUUGCUUAGAGAGAGAUACAAGCAGACUGCGUGCGUGCGUGGUGGUGUGACAGAUCUCAGGAAGAAGAUGAGCAGUGAAACGGCGUCGUCGAGGAGGAAGAAGAAGGAAGGUUUGGGGUGGAUAGAGUGGAUGAGAGGAUGGGUUUGCAUAUUCCACGAGUUUCUGUUCCAGAGAUUCAUGGCUUCUCACUUACCGAAUCCAUUUCCUCUUCCUCCACUCAAUCACCUCACCUGCAUUGUCACUGGCUCCACUAGUGGCAUUGGUACCCAAACCGCUAGGCAGCUUGCAGAAGCUGGAGCUCAUGUUGUGAUGGCGGUGAGGAAUACAAAGGCGGCUCAUGAGCUUAUUCAACAAUGGCAGAACGAGUGGUCCGGUAAAGGCCUCCCACUUAAUAUCGAGGCGAUGGAACUUGAUCUUCUUUCUCUGGAUUCUGUCGUCAAAUUUAGCAAUUUGUGGAACUCUCGGUUAGCUCCUUUGCAUGUUCUGAUUAACAAUGCCGGCAUAUUUGCCAUGGGAGAGGAACAGAAAUUCUCAAAGGAUGGAUAUGAACAUCACUUGCAAGUGAACCAUUUAGCUUCAUCGCUGCUUUCACUACUCCUUGUGCCCUCGCUUAUCCAAGGCUCCCCAAGUCGAAUCAUUAAUGUUAACUCUGUUAUGCACUAUGUCGGUUUUGUUGACCCGGAUGACAUGAAUGUUGUUUCUGGUAGAAGAAAGUAUACAAGCCUUGUAGGAUAUACGAGCAGCAAGCUUGCUCAGGUUAUGUUUAGCAAUGUUCUUUUGAAAAGGUUGCCUCUAGAAACUGGCAUUAGCGUUGUUUGUUUAUCCCCCGGGAUGGUCCUAACAAAUGUUGCGAGGGAUCUGCCGAGAUAUGUACAAAUUCUAUACGCGCUCAUACCUUAUUUCAUCUUUUCGCCUCAAGAAGGUUGUAGAAGCUCACUUUUCUCAGCGACAGAUCCUCAGAUUCCAGAACAUUGUGAAAAGCUAAAAGCCGGUGAUAAGCCCAUUUGUCCAUUCAUAUCUCAAGAGUGCAAGCACACAAAGUCUUCGGAAGAAGCACACAACGUAGAAACAGCAAACACAGUUUGGGAAAAGACGAUAGAGCUCAUCGGUCUUCCUCUCGAUGCAUUGGAGAGGCUAAUAGAAGGAGAAGAGGUCCAAUGCCGUUACGGAACUCAUCAAGAAUAA